CCACGCAUGCGUGACUACCCUCAGAGCUCAAUCGAUAGUGCAGUGUAGAUACAGCCUGUUGGGCUACGCUUAUUUUCCCUUAUUUUCCCGAUUGCUCGUCGUUUUUCGGUGGAAUUUGUGAAGUAAUUCGUCACGGUGUCGGUGUCAAGUAGCGUACUGCCUGGAGCCAUCACUAUGAAGAUGCUAGCGCCUCACGACGGCCCUGAUAUCGCGCCAGUCGACUCAGCUGGCGAGCUGCAUGGUGCGACGCUGUGGGUGGUGGUAUGCGCGGCCGCAGCUCUGGUGGCCGCCGCUCUCGGCGCCCUAGCCUGCUGGAUCGCGCGACGCAGAAACUCGCUUGCUCACAAACUUGGAGGCAAGCGCGGUCCGGACAAGGCGCUGGUCUUCCAGCCCCCUCGCCGCGCCACCGCCGUGCGCUCGCCGGGCUCGGCCACCCACUACUUGCGCAAGUCCCCCUCGCCGACCGCGCCCGCGCCGCCUGCCGCCUCCUCGCCGCCGCAAGCCACGCCGCAAACGCCUGCUGCUAAUCCUGCUACUACGCCAACUGGUGGCAACAGCCCCCACUCGCCGCUGGCCCCGAUCGAGCCGACCCCGCUCAGCAAGGAGCUCGCCGACGCUAACGCCACCGAGAAGACCAAGACUACUGAGCCUGAGAACAAUGACGGACGACUCGGUGACCUGCACUUCAAGUUGCGCUAUGAGACCGAGAAGAACGCACUGGUGGUUUCGGUGGUGUCAUGCCAGGGAUUGCCGGGUCGCGAGCCUGCUGGACCGGACCCUUACGUCAAGCUGCAGCUGCUGCCUGAUAAACAGCACAAGGUUAAGACCAGAGUUGUGCGCAAGACCCGCUGCCCGGUAUACGAUGAGGACUUCACGUUCUACGGCAUCGCCCCGCACCAGAUUGCCGGCAUCACUCUGCACUUCGUCGUUCUUAGCUUUGACAGAUAUUCCCGUGACGAGAUAAUUGGCGAAGUGGUAUCCCCGCUGACGAAUCUGCAGCUGCAAAGCGGUGAGGCCAUGGCGCUUUGCCGCGAGAUACAACCACGCAGUCUCAAGAUGCGCAGCGUGGGUCGCGGCGAGGUGCUGGUGUCGCUGUGCUGGCAGCCGGCCGCCGCGCGCCUCACCGUGGUGCUGCUCAAGGCGCGCAACCUGCCCAAGAUGGACGUCACCGGACUUGCUGAUCCCUACGUGAAGAUGUACCUGCUAUACAACGGACAGCGCAUCGCGAAGAAGAAGACCCACGUGAAGAAGCGCACGCUGAACCCCGUGUUCAACGAGUCGUUCGUGUUCGAGGUGCCCGCCGCGCCCAACGCCACCCUCGACCACGUGUCGCUGGAACUGCUCGUGCUUGACUGGGACAGGGUUACGAAGAAUGAGGUGAUCGGUCGGCUGGAGCUGGGCGCAGUGGGUGCGGGCAGUGCACGACACCACUGGCGCGAGGUGCAGGCCGCGCCGCGCCGCCAGAUCGCCGACUGGCACAAGCUCAAGGAGUGAACCGACUCUACACCCCACCACGUUCAUACUGCACUGCUCAUCAACCCUGACAUCUAGAACACACCUUUAAGACCACUGCUUAAAGUGCAUUUUCGCCUGAACAACACAAGAUCUCAGCAGAAGAAAAAUUUACAUUGCUGAGUGCUUGCUGGUGUGGUUCUGGUGAAAAUGAAUCUUUCUACGGUAAGGUCUGUGAAAGUAUCGGGAGCUGUCUGUCGAUUUCGAUUUAGGUUCAAGAGGAAAAUAUUCGGACAGGCACAGCCAGUUCCUAAAGAAAUAAACGAUGGAAAUAACAUGACUUCAGUCUCAGAACUGGUCUGAAAGUACAUUUCUAAUCUAGUCAAGAAUUUGAAGAAUGUGAACAACAAUCACGGAGGAUAAAAAUCGAUCAGGAAGGAAGCUCGUGCAGUAUCAACAAGGAUUCUGUCUAAUUCCUGUCAUUCCAACACAUUAUUCCUUUACCAUUGACAUACUUUCUGUGUUCAGCUAACUGGUCGUAACAUUAGCUGGACACGAAAGCGUUUGUGAUAUGCUCGAAUACUCAAACGGCAAUUCCAAAACGUUGACCUAAUACUGUUACUUCAUCGAAUCUUGUAGAGGUCGUUUGAAUAUUCGGGCAUCAAUCACGGGUCUGUAAUUUAACAUUCCAUCUAUUUUGAUGUAGAUUUUUGUAAACCUUCAAAGUCUGUGCCUACAAACCAAGUUUACUUUGUUAACGAUUGGCCAUAAACAUUGUUCUGUUAAUUUAAUUUCUCACUUAUUAUUGUUGCACAGUAACGUUAGCAGAAGGAUGGCAAAGCCAAAGUCCAGAGGUUAAAGCGUUUGUUUUAGAAUUAAUUUGUAAACUAAAAAAAUGAUAUUGUAUAUUAGAUAGAGGAAAUUAUUUGGAAUUUAUUCGCGUGUAUUAUGAUAUGUUUGAAAGCGCACAGCGUCCCCUAACCGACAGUAAUUGUAAAACAUUCUCUAGUGUGUAUUCACGUCAGUGCAAACUCGUGUUUAUUCAAAUGUAGAUUAACUUAAUGUUUUGAAACGGGAGUGAGCAUGGCCGUCGAAGAAAACCAGUGGAAAUAACAAUUAACACCAUGUAUUUAUCUAUGAUUAACACCAUGGAGGAGACUACACAAAUUGAUGAAAAUUCUACCACAUGGAAACAUGACUAUGAAUUGAAACCCCUUUAGUGAAAAUGGAACCAGGCCACCAAGUCUUUAUAUUUUUUUUUCGUUCGAAAAUUAACUGAUAAUGAAAAACGGAAUGCUCAAUACAACAUUAGAACUUGACAGCUAUGUAUUAUGAAACGAAUAAAUCUCUCCCGUUUCAAGGUCGUCUUUAUUCUACAUAUCUAAAUGUAAGAACACUUGAUGUAAUGGAUUUCACUCGUUAUGGUACCUAUUAAGUAAUGUCUGACAAACUAUUCGUAAGCAUAAAUGUUGUUUAUUUUACGAUUAGCUAUCAUCAAUCAAAUCAAAAUUAACUAUCUGUAGAAAUUGUAUGUACGUGAAAAUACAGGAAAUCUUAAUAUAUUAACUGAGAUUUUCAUAAAAGAUUCUAGUAAAAACAAAAAUUCAUCGAAUGUUCAGAUAUAUUUUCUGGGCGCAUUACGUUGCGGUGAGCUUAAAACACCAUUGUUAACGUCAGUUAAUUUACUCUUCUCAGAAAAUUAACAUGGCUAUCGGGUGAUGGGAUAAAAAACCAUUGUCUGUAAAGUCGUACUGACGAUAGUUGAACGUGACAACGUGAGUAGCUGCCGAUUGUGCCUCUUUGUCGCUCGCUGCGAGCUCUCGCUUGCAGUUCAAGCCUUAAACGGAACGCCUCAGAGCGAGGUAACGCCUCAGAGCGAGGUAACGCCGCAUGAGUCAUGUUUUUUCGUGCGUGCAGCCGGCUCCAUCGAUUUAUAAGACGUUGUCACGUCAAAAAGUAAUGCGCGUAGAUAUUGUUUUCGUUUACGAAAUUGUAAAGAAAAUCGAAAUAGUUCUGUCUCAAUAUCAACGAUGGCAUCAAAUGCCAUUCGGUCCAUUUCACUAAAACUGUACGUAACCACUUCAUUAGCAAUCAUGCUACAACAAAAUCAAACACAAUUUUUGAACCCAAGCAUGCGCAGGAUUGGACAAAAGUAAUACUCAUUGAUCGACUAGAACAUAAUACUUAUGUAUGUAUAGUUUAUAGGUUAGACAAAUAAAUCUAUUUUAUACCUAAAAUUACUUUGAUAGUUGUUUAGGUACGUACUAUAAGCUCAGGACGAAGCUUCGAGCUUUCUGUCUCCUAAUGUACUCUCAUAGUGUCGCUGUGUCACCAUAGAUGGCGCUUUCACCAAUGAUCUCAUUUCAUUGAUAUACAUAUUUUUGAAAUUGUCGGAUAUUGUAGGGAAUGUAUUAUUUAUUGUACUUUAUAAUAUCUCAGAAGUCGUAGUGACAAUAUACGAAUUAAAAAUGUAAUAAAAAUUGCAAUGUAUGUACAGUCACUUACUAUGUAUGCCGAAAUUAAUAAAAAUCAACGUUGGUUUAGUGAAAUUCAUCGCUGUAGUCAUUGGAAAUUAAGGCUACGUAGCUGUAUGCCCUUUAUUCAUACUUUACUCCAUACUUAACAUUCCAAACUUAAUAAAAAUGUAAAUAGUCAUUGCUUGAUCAUCGAUAAAUCGCUUUCUCAUUCUAAUUGUUAAAAUAAGAAAUUAUAAUUACUUAGUCGUAAGUACCUACUUUACUAUCACUAAAUGUUUCCGUUUUAAUGAUAUCAUGUGUUUUACUUUGUAAAUCAAUUUGUUCAUGUGUAGUAGAUGAAAUUCAUGCGAAACUGGUUCUUAUCGCUAUAGGCUUAAAGUCUGUUUCGUUACUAGGGUAUGAUGUAAGUAAUUCGAUUGGAUGAUGGGGUAUAAUUUUUGUAUGAUUUUUGCGAGCAAUGGGACAGACUUUUGGCUUUAUUACUAUAAUAAUUAUUGUUGUAUUUUGACCAAGAGACGAAUAAAAGAAAUGGUUUUUGUCUCAAAAAGCGUAAUCCUAUAAAUGAUCGGGUUAUUUCGUGUCUUGGUGAGAAUGUGAACAAAGAAACAGAUAUACCAGCACUUGUAGUGUAUAGACCACGUCAUCCACAUCACCGAUAUCAGAUUUGUAUACUAAGGGAAUUAUAGUGAAUAAAAUUUAUUGACUGGUGCUUUCACAAUAA